GUAAUCCGCCGAGUAAACAUUCGCCGUAGUGUCGUCGCGCGGAGAGGGUGUUUACGCGCUGAAUUUCAGCGUUCGCGUAGAUGACGAGUCGAUCGCGCGUUCGCGGAAGCGAAGGGGAAAUUAAUUAAUCGCGCAGUACGUUACGUGUAAACGAAGUGUACUCUCGAAGGCGGCCCGUUUGCAUUUCCCUCAUCGUUGAUUGGGGGCGAUCGUCGUCGGUUAGCGCGUUCGGACGCGAGAGAAUGGCAGUGGAACGAUUGAGCGACACGAGGGAUCCGGAGUACAGACGGCUCACCGCGCGAAAUUGAUUCGCGAACGAUAUUAUCGUCGUCUCGUUUUCGCGGAAUUGCCAUCGGACACCCCGCGCCGCCCAGUAGUCGAACAGCGCAAUCGAUAACCCCACGGGCGCUUUUUGCGCUGGGCGAGAGAUCGUAAUGGCGUGAGCGUGGCGUCGAGGGCGAUAGAGAGGCGGCGGGAGUGGGAGACUCUAUGGUAAAAACAAUGCCGAAUCGCCAAGGAGCAGUGCAUUGCUGACAAAGAAGAUUAUUUCUUAUAGAUGAGAAUAUUAUGUGUAGAUAUAUCUUUUAAGUAAUACAAUACUACAUUGAAUAUGGAUGAUGAAGAAGGAGCCUCCAGUUCUGGACCUAUGUCUUCGUUGAACAGUUUAUUCUCGUUUACCAGUCCUGCUGUGAAAAAAUUGCUUGGAUGGAAACAAGGGGACGAAGAAGAAAAAUGGGCAGAAAAAGCAGUUGACUCUUUGGUGAAAAAGCUGAAGAAGCGUAAAGGAGCAAUUGAAGAACUAGAGCGAGCAUUGAGCUGUCCUGGCUCACCAAGCAAAUGCGUAACAAUUCCUCGAAGCUUAGAUGGUAGACUACAGGUUUCCCACCGCAAAGGCUUGCCACAUGUGAUAUACUGCAGAGUCUGGCGAUGGCCAGAUCUUCAGUCGCAUCAUGAACUAAAACCAUUGGAAUUAUGUCAAUAUCCAUUCUCUGCCAAGCAGAAGGAAGUUUGUAUUAAUCCCUAUCAUUAUAAAAGAGUAGAGAGCCCAGUGCUGCCGCCGGUAUUGGUUCCUAGACACUCAGAAUUUCCUCCUGGCCACUCUCUGUUGUCUUUUCAAGGAUUGGGCGAUCCAAGCAUGCCGCACAAUGUAUCCUACUCAUCUAGCGGCUUCAACGCUAGCUCCUCAGGUGGCGUUAAUCCAACAUCACCCAUGUCCUCUGUCGGUUCCGUGCCAAGCCCAGGGAGCGCAACCUUACCGAAUCCUCAGAGCCCGUAUGGUACUAAUGGAUUACCAGAGACGCCACCGCCAGCGUACUCUCCACCUGAGGAUGGCUCACAGACCGGACAAACCUCAUCAUCAGAUUCAGUUCCAAUGGAUACGAGCGCGCCCAUCGAAUCAACUACACCUGUGUGUUAUCAAGAACCACCCUAUUGGGCUUCGAUUGCUUACUACGAGCUAAAUUGGCGAGUGGGUGAGGUAUUUAAUUGUCAAACGCAUUCGGUGGUUAUUGACGGCUUUACAAACCCGAGCAAUAACUCCGAUCGCUUUUGCCUUGGGCAAUUGUCCAAUGUAAAUCGAAAUUCCACAAUAGAAAAUACAAGGCGACACAUAGGCAAAGGAGUGCAUUUGUAUUAUGUGGGAGGCGAGGUUUAUGCCGAAUGUCUCUCAGACUCGGCAAUAUUUGUACAAUCUAGAAAUUGUAAUCAUCAUCAUGGAUUUCACCCCAGCACAGUUUGUAAAAUUCCACCAGGAUGUUCGUUGAAGAUAUUCAACAAUCAGGAAUUUGCUCAGCUUCUUUCGCAAAGUGUAAAUCAUGGUUUCGAAGCUGUCUAUGAGCUAACAAAGAUGUGCACAAUUAGAAUGUCGUUUGUAAAGGGAUGGGGUGCUGAAUAUCAUAGACAGGAUGUUACAUCAACUCCUUGUUGGAUUGAAGUACAUUUGCAUGGACCUUUGCAAUGGUUAGACAAAGUGUUAACACAGAUGGAUGCGCCCCAAGUUCGCAUAAGUUCAGUGUCAUAAAUAAUAUGCACGUCCUACAACAAAAUGUUCAUUAUGAGAAAAGAACAAUUAGUCUCGAUGCACUUUUAAAAGUUUAAGGAUAAUGACCAUAAUUGCCAUAAAUGUGAGAGUUGUGGAGACCAUGCACAGAGACAUGUUUGACAAUGGUUACAGCUGUAAGUUACUUUAUGUUACAUUAAUAUUAAAUUCAUGAAAAUAAGACGAUAAUGAAACAAAAAUGUAAAGUUUGAAAGAAAUAUAAAAAAUUACGAAAAAUGUUAUAUAAAAAAGUAAGAAUAUUUAACAGUGAUCUCUGAAAGCUAUCGUGAUCACGUAAUGUAUACACUUAGAUGCUAUAAAACUCUUUGGCUGUUAUAUAGGAAAAGACUUAUACAUAUAGAAGUAUAAUGAUAUAUGUGUAAAAAAAAAGAAAUAUUUUUCAAAUUAUCCAUCACAGUCGUAAUACUUUAUUUUAUAUAGAAACUUAUUGCGAAGAUAUUUGUCAUUGUUAUGCCACAAAUCUUUUUCUAGAAGAUUUUAAAAUUUAUUGUGAUGAUAAAAGAAAUAUAACGCGAAAUUACAGCUGCUUGACAAAGAAAGUAAAUUCUCCGAAUUAUGGGAAGGGAUUGAAAAAUAUAAAAUAUUUUCUGUCCUCCCGAUCAAGACCUAAUAAUUAUAUCUGUUUUGUGUGUCUUAAAAGUACUUUUACGUCUCUAUGUAGAUCUACUCAAAUUUCUCGCUAAAAUGAUUGAUGAUGUAGCGCGGUCUUUUACUGAAAAACAAUGCGAUCCGUAUUUCGAUGUAAAACGUUGGACGUUGAUCUCACGUUGACUAUUGAAAGUUAACUGCGUCCAAUGAUAUAUUGAAAGCUCGAAUACAUUAAUUCGUAGAAAGAAAUUUAUGAUUCAUGACUUUGCUCCAUCUCUAUAUAAAUUACAUUGCAUUGUAUUCUUCUCGAUUAUCGCAUCAUGUAACAUAUGAUUCAACGCUUUCCAUAUUACAAUUCCUAAAAACACAUUACACAUUUAGGUAAGUUUUAUGUGUCAUAAAUAUAUGAAAUUUGCUGUACUGUACAAAUUCUAUAUGGGAGAAUUGUAUACAUUUGUAUAUAUGUGUACAAGUGUAUGUUUAAUGAAGUCAUCUAUUAGUAAAUUUAUACAUUGCUG